AUCAACAGCCGUGCAAACUACACACGCCGAUGGCAUUUUUGAUUACGCUCCCGUCGAUUCCGAAGCCAUCAGAACCGUCUGCCCCUCUACGAAAUAGAACCAGGAUCCAAUAUUCACCUGUGAGAACUCUGUUAGUGACAUUGGCAACAUCCGCAACUCAAUCCCCAUCUGGACCGGCCUCGCCAUCGCCCCCGGCGCGCGUCUCGUCCUCCCCUAAAUCAUCGUCCGCAGCUCCGACGAUAUCUCCCAGAAAUGCACCGUGAGGCAAUAAACCCGCCGUUUGCCCUGAAACCCGAAGACCUGCAAGCGCCCAUCCCCCGCACCGGCCUCCCGCGGCCUGACGUCUUCGCCGCUUGGCUCGCGCGGCAGACCGGCGGCACGACGCCGGUCCUCGCAACGACAGUUGUCGAACUCUGGCGCUCUCACCUCAUGUAUCCGAUCUACAGCGACUCGGCGGCAUUUGUGCACGAGUUUGGCGGGAUUCUCAAGUUCCGGCCCGACGUGCGCGAGCUCGCCACCCGCACAUCCCGCGGCCUGCUCGCCAAGUACGACCUCAUGUACAACGGUGCCAGCUCGAUUACCAAGAAUGCCUUCUUCGGCGCGCACUUCGCACGGAGAAGGCAGAGGACUGGGUGGACUCGCCCUACUCAACGCAGUCGCAAUACUACCUGAAUCAAACGCUCGACUCCAACCUGAACGUGAUCUACGUUGCGUCAGACAACACCUCUGAAGUCAAACUUCUGGCCGCUGAUGCUUCGCACCAUGGGAUCCACGUGGCCACCAAAUUCGAUGUCUUAUCUGGGAGAUGUUUGUGAGGGAGUCGAAUGAGGAGGCGUUGGAGUAUGCGACGGCGGGGAAGCCGGUGAGGAGUGGGGGAGACUAGACUAGAUAGUUGUGGGACGCGGGAGGUUGAGGAACGGCCCGUUCUAUAAAAAUCCCUCAACUCUUGUUUAGAACGGGAGGUAUUACAAAAGUUAUAGAAAAAUAUUUACCACGAC